AUGAUGUUUGUCUCCUGGUCAGAUCGAAACAACAUUCUGAUCUACCGGACAUUUGAGGAAUUUAAGAGAUUCCAUAAGGAGCUGAAGAGAAAAUUCCCCAUCGAGAGCGGCUCCCUCAGGAGAUCGGACCGGACCAUUCCCAAGUUUAAAGAUGCAAACGUGAAGCAGAGAAAGAGCGGGAAGUUGAACAAGUCCUUGGAGAGGUUGAAACUGCUGGAAGCGUACUCCCAGGAGCUGCUGCGAAUGGAUGCUAAGAUCUCCCAGAGCGAAAGCCUCAUUCAGUUUUUCAAGGCACAAACCCAAGACCUAGAUCCUUCCUUUCCUGAAAACAGUGUUGUGAUCAUGCCGUCAGAAAUUGGAGGGGAAAGGAAAAAAGAGCGGCAGCAGCAGCACGUCCCCUCCAUCACGCACCCGCAGGCAUCUCAGAGCUACAGGUGCAUCGAAGCCUUUGAAACCAAAGACACAAAAAACAAGACCUUCAAAGUGGCUAAGAAGGAAAUUGUUGAGGUGCUCAUCAAGGACAUGACUGGGUGGUGGCUGGUGGAAAACGCGGACAAGCAGAUCGCCUGGUUCCCUGCCCCGUACCUGCAGGAGCUCGACCUCCACGGGGACAGCCAGAGCGCCCCGAGCGCCCACGAGGAGGGCUGCCUGUACUUCGCUGCGCGAGCCUACGAGUCCCAGGAGGCGGACGAGCUCUCGCUGCACAACGGCGUCAUCGUGGAGGUGGUGAGGAAGUCCCAGGACGGCUGGUGGCUGAGCCGGUACAAUGGCCGGACCGGCUACAUCCCCUCCAUGUGCCUGCAGCCCUACAGGAACCCCCACUGCAGGCUGCAGAGCAUCGUGAGCUGCAGCCUCAACGCCUCCACCCCCAACCUCUCCUCC